AUGGCAAAGAAUCAGAACGGCGCGACCGACAACAAGACUUUUCCUCGAGUCUCGUUCAAAGAUGAAGGAGCUACAGUUAUCGAACCAGUGGAAGUGCUGCCCGCUAAUGGCAGUUCCAUCGAAAUCCUUCACGAAGACCAAGAUCAAACUAAACGGAAAUUGAAGCCGAGACAUAUUCAACUUAUUGGAAUUGCGGGGACGAUUGGUACGGCAUUAUUCGUCAAUAUUGGCAAAGGUCUGAUUAGUGGUGGACCGGCUUCAUUGUUUAUCGCGUAUACUCUUUGGUGUCCAGUGGUCUACACGAUUGCAUUGUGCAUGUCAGAAAUGGCGACUUUUCUUCCCAUCUCAUCUCCGUUUGUGCGAUUUGCCGGUCGGUUCGUCGAUCCUGCGUUUGGAGUUGCGGCCGGUUAUAAUUUUUUCUUGUUUCAGGCGUCACUUUUGCCUUUUGAGAUUACCGUGUGUAAUCUGGUAAUUCGCUACUGGACGACAGCAAUUCCAACAUGGGCCGUCUGUCUCAUCUUUUUAGCAUUGUACGCUGCACUCAACUACAUCCGAGUAUCUGGAUAUGGCGAAGCGGAAUUCUGGAUGUCAAUUGGCAAAGUCAUACUGAUCGUGGGCCUCAUCUUAUACACCUUCAUCGUCAUGGUGGGUGGAAACCCCAAACACGACGCCUUUGGCUUUCGAUAUUGGAAGAAUCCGGGAGCUUUCACCACCAAGUAUCGCGAAGGAGAUAUGGGUCGAUUUCUCGGAUUUCUUUAUUGUUUGUUUCAAGCCGCUUUUGUGGUUGCGGGACCCGAGUAUGUCUCCAUGACUGCUGGCGAGGCCGAGAAUCCACGAGCAGUUCUUCCCAAAGCGUAUCGUUCCAUCUUUUGGCGAUUGACGAUUUUCUUCGUACUCGGAAGUCUCUCGGUCGGCAUCAACGUGCCGUACAAUGACCCGAAGCUCAUCGAAGCGUAUUCCAAUGGCAAGGCUGGGGCUGCUGCGUCGCCCUUUGUUCGAUCGAUGGAGAUUUUGAAUAUUCCGAUUUUGCCGCAUAUUGUUAAUGCAUUAAUCCUGACUUCGGCAUUCAGCGCGGGAAACAGCACCACCUACUGUGCUACUCGUUCUCUGUACGGUCUCGCGUUAGAAGGCAAAGCACCAAGUCUCCUGAAACGAUGCAGUCGAUCAGGAGUGCCCUAUGUCUGCGUCACCAUUGUCCUGUGUUUUGGCGGUCUAGCAUUCCUCCAAGUCUCGCACUCGGCCGCAGUGGUAUUGACGUGGUUCACGAACCUGGUCACGGCGUCUCAACUCAUCAACUUCGCCGUCAUCGCCUUCACUUAUAUCAAAUUCAAGAAAGCCUGUGAAGCGCAAGGAUUGCUUCGAGAUUCUCUACCGCACAAGGCACCCUUUCAGCCAUUUGCCGCCUGGAUUGGUUUGAUCGCUUGCUCCGUCGUCACGCUUGCUGCGGGCUAUAGCAUUUUCAUCGACGACAACUUCAAUGUUCCCGAUUUUCUCUUCCAGUAUAUGAUGGUCGGGGUGUUUCCCCUGAUAUUCGGAUGCUGGAAGGUCUGGAAAGGCACCAAAUGGCUGGCACCGCACGAAGUCGAUCUCACGUCUGGUGUGUGGGAGAUUGAGGAGUAUACUGCCCAUUUCCGACCCGAUCUCACCGGCAGUAGAGCGGGCAGACUUCUCGACAAGAUUUUUAGCUGA